AGAAAGGCGUAUGGGCACGCCUCUUCUAUUUCCGGCAACCAGCAACCCGAAAAGAUGAAGCUCUUAACGCACAAUAUGCUCACGUCCCACGUGCGGGGUGUGCGGCCCGGUGGAGGCUUCCCCCUUCGUAUAAAGGCCACAGAGGUGAAGGUGAACAAUGUGGAUUUCAACCAGGAGUUCACCGCACGGAUGGUGCCCAAAGUGGAGUGGGGGGCCUUGGUGGAGGCAGCUGAGAGUUUGGGUCACCGCGGUGACCUUCCAUCUGAGCCCAUCCCCGACUACGAGAGCAACGAGGAUUUUCUUCGAAAAGUACAUCAUGUGCUGAUGGAGGUGGAAGUGGUGGAGGGCAUGCUGAAGUGUCCAGACACCGGCCGCGAAUUCCCCAUCACUAAAGGGAUACCCAACAUGUUGUUGAGUGAAGAGGAGACAUGAAGAGAACUUCUUUCUGUUGAAGAAAAUCUGAGGAGGAGGAUGUGGGGGUGGGUGGGGGGCCUGUUCUUGAGCAGAAUUAAACCUUUUGUGUUUCUGUUGGGAAUGGAGAAGUUUUAAAGGGUCAGGCGGCAUGUUUCUCCAGUUAUUUCAGUUUGUGUGUAAAUAAAUGCUCAUUCUUU